CAACUCGUUGCCUCACUCGCGAUCGAACCUGCGUGCACCGGCGCGCACCCCAUGGCGCCUUCCGCGAGAAGACUUCGCCAGAAAGAGGCUGUCUGGCCCCCCUCCAUGGCGCGGUACGAACAGCUGGAGAAGCUGGGCGCCGGCAUCAACGGGGAAGUGUUCAAGGCGUGGGACACCCAGGACAAGCUGAUCGUCACCAUCAAGCGGCUCAGCGGGAGCGGCAACGACGGCUUAAUUAUUUCCGGCAUACGGGAGGUUGCGCGCGAGAGCAUGUGCCUGGGCGCGUGCCGCGGCAUCCCCUCGAUCGUGCAGCACCGCCGGACCUACGCUGACGCAUACCAAUCCGAGACCGGCGACUCCUUCAUCGUGAUGGACUACGUCGGGCGCGUCAACCUGCGCGGCUACAUGCAGCGCCGGGUCACUCGUCGUCGUCCGUUCUCUGAGGCCGAGGUGCGCCGGAUCAUGAAGCAGCUCCUGGAGGGGGCGAAGGCCAUGCACGGCCUGGGCAUCCUGCACCUGGACAUCAAACCGGAGAACGUGCUCCUCGACGACGGCACGGAGGACAGGAAGGAGAGGCCCAAGAAGGGGGCCAUCGAAGCCGAUGUUCGCGGCGAGGUCAAGGGCGGCCGCGUAAUCUACAAGAUCGGCGGUUUCGGGAUGUCCCAGAAGGAAGGGCCGGGCAAGAUCCCGCCGGAGGUGACUAUUCUGACGCCGUACAGCGCACCGGAGCUCCUGCUGCACUCGCGUGAAUACGACGAUCGCGUGGACACCUGGGGGCUCGGAUGCAUAAUGGCCGACCUCCUCUCCGGCACCGGCGCCUCCACGUUCGACGGCGAGUCAGACAUAGAGAUCAUGGCCAAAGUGUUUGGCAUCGUUGGCACGGAGGGGAUCAAGGAGUGGUCUGGAUACUCGGGGCUAGCGGCAGACCGGAAGUCGAAGCUGCCGGGUGACGGAGGCAUCAGCCGCCUCCGGCACAAGUUUCCCAAUCGCAAGCUAUCGUCGGCCGGCUUCGAGGUGCUCAGCGGGUUGCUGGAGAGCAACCCGGAGAAGCGGCUUACCGCAGCGGAGACGCUCCAGAAGCCUUGGUUCCACUUCCACAACCGACGACGUGGCAUUGCUGGUUUCUUCAAGUCGUGCGUGGUUGGAGUCGUACCGGAGAUAUAGAACUAAUUUUGGCCACUCCACAUGCUUUGCUUUUUCUUUUUUGCGUCUUCUGCAAAAAUGUACUCCCUCCUUCCCAAAAUAUAAGGCACUGUUGACAUUCUCUUUUUGUCUUCGACACACAACUUUGACUAUGAUUUCACUUAUCAUAUGUCUACAGAAUUAGUGUAAAGAUAUGUAAUAUAAAACUUGUACAUGAAUGUUGUCUGAAACCCUGAAUGUAUGCAGGUGGUUGGCCAUAAGAGUUGUCAGACGACAAACAUAGCUUUCGAAAUGAAAGAAGAUGCUAGGCCUCCAUCAUUGUAAUAAAACUUGUACAUGAACAUCCAAACAUUUAUUGAA